AUGAGAAGUUCACCAGCUUCACCAGACACCACUACAGAAAACACAAGGGACACAUCACCAACUAUAACGAGAAGUAUCACUCCAGUAGCCUCAACAUUCUCAGUUAAACCCUCAAUAGAGGACCACUCAACCUUACCCUCUUCCACCACUUCUACUGAGGAAACAUCAGCACCUUCUCAGGACCACCAGACUCAGAGCAUAGAAACCACCAGAGAGACUCAAAGCUCCACCAUCAGAGAUGUGACCACAUCCACUCCCUCAUCAUCGCCACGUGGACACACUCUUACAGAAGGCACUCCCCAGGAGACAUCCUCUUCAGGUGAAACAACCACUUCAUCCCCAGCCAGUGUGAGCCACACACCUGCGACAACGUCAGAAAUGUUGACCACACAAACCUCAACGGACAGAAAUUUCUCCCCAUCUACUGGAAGCAACACAUCUCCUACAACAUCAGAGAUGAUCACAUCACCCUCUUCAACAGACACCACUGUAGAAAACACAAGGGACACAUCACCAACUAUAACGAGAAGUAUCACUCCAGUAGCCUCAACAUUCUCAGUUAAACCUGGACUAGAGGACCAAUCAACCUUACCCUCUUCCACCACUUCUACUGAGGAAACAUCAGCACCUUCUCAGGACCACCAGACUCAGAGCAUAGAAACCACCAGAGAAACUCAAAGCUCCACCAUCAGAGAUGUGACCACAUCCACUCCCUCAUCAUCGCCACGUGGACACACUCUUACAGAAGGGACUCCCCAGGAGACAUCCUCUUCAGGUGAAACAACCACUUCUUCCCCAGCCAGUGUGAGCCACACAUUUCCUACAACGUCAGAAAUGUUGACCACACCAACCUCAACAGACAGAAAUUUCUCCCCGGCUACUGGAAGAAACACAUCUCCUACAACAUCAGAGAUGAUCACAUCACCAGCUUCACCAGACACCACUGUAGAAAACACAAGGGACAUAUCACCAACUGUAAUGAGAAGUAUCACUCCAGAAACCUCAACAUUCUCAGUUAAACCUGGAAUAGAGGACCAAUCAACCGUACCCUCUUCCACCACUUCUACUGAGGAAACAUCAGCACCUUCUCAGGACCACCAGACUCAGAGCAUAGAAACCACCAGAGAAACUCAAAGCUCCACCAUCAGAGAUGUGACCACAUCCACUCCAUCAUCAUCGCCACGUGGACACACUCUUACAGAAGGCACUCCCCAGCAGACAUCCUCUUCAGGUGAAACAACCACUUCUUCCCCAGCCAGUGUGAGCCACACACCUGCGACAACCAACACAUCUCCUACAACAUCAGAGAUGAUCCCAUCACCCGCUUCACCAGACACCACUGUAGAAAACACAAGGGACACAUCACCAACUAUAACGAGAAGUAUCACUCCAAUAGCCUCAACAGUCUCAGUUAAACCUGGAGUAGAGGACCAAUCAACCUUGCCUUCUUCCACCACUUCUACUGAGGAAACAUCAGCACCUUCUCAGGACCACCAGACUCAGAGCAUAGAAACCACCAGAGAAACUCAAAGCUCCACCAUCAGAGAUUGUGAGCCACACACCUGCGACAACGUCAGAAAUGUUGACCACACCAACCUCAACAGACAGAAAUUUCUCCCCGUCUACUGGAAGAAACACAUCUCCUACAACAUCAGAGAUGAUCACAUCACCAGCUUCACCAGACACCACUGUAGAAAACACAAGGGACACAUCACCAACUAUAACGAGAACCAGUGUGAGCCACACACCUGCGACAACGUCAGAAAUGUUGACCACACCAACCUCAACAGACAGAAAUUUCUCCCCGCCUACUGGAAGCAACACAUCUCCUACAACAUCAGAGAUGAUCCCAUCACCCGCUUCACCAGACACCACUGUAGAAAACACAAGGGACACAUCACCUACUAUAACGAGAACCAGUGUGAGCCACACACCUGCGACAACGUCAGAAAUGUUGACCACACCAACCUCAACAGACAGAAAUUUCUCCCCGUCUACUGGAAGAAACACAUCUCCUACAACAUCAGAGAUGAUCACAUCACUCGCUUCAACAGACACCACUGUAGAAAACACAAGGGACAUAUCACCAACUGUAACGAGAAGCAUCACUCCAUGGCCCAGUUGGCUCAGUUCAGCCUCAAGGAGUGCUUGAGAGAGGAAGGGACAAUCGUAACCUCACAGAAGACAGACAGUGGGAGAAGCACAGCAACAUCACUACCCUCAGCAACCUCCCAGACCCUUACCACGUCCACUGCUGGCAAUUCUAGAGGCACCCACUCAACAGCUGCCCCAGUCUCUAUCAAGCCCGAGAAAGGCGUUUCCCUCUUCCCCUACGGGCUGCGUGCUGGAGACCAGGAGUUUGUCAAGAGGACUGUGGACUUCACCUCACCACUCUUCAAACCCCAGAUUGGCUUCCCCCUCGGCUCUUCUCUCCGAGAAUCCCUCUACUUCACAGAUAAUGGCCAAAUCAUUUUUCCGGAGUCAGAGUACCAGAUUUUCUCCUACCCCAACCCUCUCCUUAGAGGCUUUACAGCCUGGGAUCCUGUGGCCCUGGUGGCUCCAUUCUGGGACGAUGCUGAUUUCUCCGACAGCCGGGGAACCAUAUUUUACCAGGAAUACGAGACUCUCUAUGAUGAAUACAACCUGCUAGUGAGGGAGGUGGAGUCUUGGAUUAAAAUGUUAACAAACACCUGGAACUACAAAGCCAAGUGGACACUAAAGGUCACGUGGGUCCAUGCCCCCGCCUAUCCUGCCCGGGGGACCAUUGGGACCAACACCUACCAGGCCAUCCUUUCCACAGACGGGAGCAGGUCCUACGCCUUGUUUCUCUACCAAAGUGGUGGUAUGCAGUGGGAUGUGACCCAGCGCCCAGGCAACCCCGUCCUGAUGGGCUUCUCCAGUGGAGAUGGGUAUUUCAAAAAUAGCCCGUUGACAUUCCAGCCAGUGUGGGAGAAGUACCGUCCAGACCAAUUCCUGGAUUCCAACUCAGGCCUCCGAGGGCUGCAAAUCUACAAGCUACACAAGGAAGAAAAGCCCAACUACCGUCUCCAGUGCCUGCAGUGGUUGAAGAGACAGUCUCAGUGGCCCAGCUGGGGCUGGAACCAGAUCUCUUGCCCGUGUUCCUGGAGGCAGGGACUAUGGGACUUGAGAUUCCAGCCCAUCAACAUAGCCUGGUCGGGCCUUGGCAGCAGGCAGCUGUGCAGCUUCUCCUCCUGGCGAGGGGGCGUGUGCUGCAGCUACGGACCCUGGGGAGAGCUUCUCCAAGGCUGGAGAGUGCAGAGUCCUUGGCAGUUCGACCAAGAACUGGAGCCGCAGAACUGGUGUUGCCAUUUCAACGACAAGCCCUACUUCUGCGCCCUGUACCAACUCAGGAGGCCCCGCAUCAGCUGCGCUGGGUACCAGCCCCCGAGGCCAGCCUGGAUGUUUGGGGACCCUCACAUCACCACCUUGGAUGGUGCCAAUUACACCUUCAAUGGGCUGGGAGACUUCCUGCUGGUCCGGACCUGGGAUAGAAACUCCUCCUUCCUGCUGCAGGGCCACACUGCCCAGACCGGCUCGGCCCAGGCCACCAACUUCAUUGCCUUUGCCGCUGAAUACAGAUCCAGCAGCCUGGACCCCAUCACGGUUCAAUGGUUCCUUAAGCCCAGUGACACAAUCCACGUUCGGCUCAACAACCAGACUGUAACAUUUGAGCCUAACCGUGAAGGUGCAAAAGGCCAGGAGAUGUUCAACACCUCUGGAGUUGUAAUGACCCGCAAUGGCUCCAUGGUAUCAGCCAACUUUGAUGGGGCAGUGACCAUCUCAGUGAUCGCUCUCUCCAACAUCCUCCACGCCUCCUGCAGCCUCCCGGAGGAGUAUCAGAACCACACAGAGGGCCUCAUGGGCUUUUGGAACGGCAACCCAGAUGACGACUUCAGGAUGCCCAAUGGCUCCGCCCUUCCCCCAGGGAGCUCCGAGGAGAUGCUUUUUCACUAUGGAAUGGCCUGGGAAAUCAACGGAACAAGCCUUUUUGGCAAGAGGGAAGACCAUUUGCCUUCCAACUUCACCCCUGUCUUCUUUUCACAACUGUCGGGAAACAAAUCUUUGAAUGAAAAUUUGACCUCCAAGUGUAAUGGAGAUAAACAAUGCAUCUACGAUGCCCUGGCCACAGGAAACAAAAGCCUUGGACUGUACACUGGGAUGCUCUUUAGAAAAUACCAGCAGAUGAACACCACCCUGAAUCAGUACCCACCCUCUAUUGAGGGUCCUGAUGUGAUGGAAGCCUACAUGGGACAGGCCAAGCUGGUUAAUUACACCAGCAGCACUAAGGAUGUCACAUUCACUCUCAGAAACAACUACACUGACUUCAAGCUCUUUGAGAAUGGGACAUUGCUAUGGACACCAAAGUUGCUGGGACCAUAUACUCUGGAGAUUCUAGCAAGAAGUGCCAAGGACAACUUGUCAUCUGUACUCAAGCCAAGGACGGUGGUCUGUGCGUGCAAGGCAGAGAGCCAGUGUUUAUACAACCAGACCAGCUGGGUGGGUGAUUCCUCCCUGGAGGUGGCCGGCUGCAAGUGUGACGGGAACACCUUAGGCCGCUACUGCAACCACUCCAAGGACCCCUGUGACGAGCAGUGCUUCCCGAAUGUGAAGUGCAUUUCCGGGAAGGGCUGCGAGGCCUGCCCCCCGAACCUGACUGGGGAUGGACGUCACUGUGCACCUCUGGAGAACCCUUUCCUCUGUCAGAACAAGUCCUGCCCUGAGAAUUACUGCUACAACAACGGCCACUGCUACAUCUCCCAGGCUCUGGCCUGCCAGCCUGCCUGCACCUGCCCCCCAGCCUUCACCGACACCCGCUGCUUCCUGGCUGGGAACAAUUUCACUCCAACUGUCCGUCUAGAGCUUCCCUUAAGGAUCAUCCAUCUCUCGCUCAUUGAAGACGAAGUUGCCUCCCAAGCAGAUGUCAAUGCCUCCGUGGCCUAUAGACUGAGGAACCUGGAUGUGCGGGCCUUUCUCUGGAACAGACAAGUGGAUCGAAUUGAACGCCCAAUAGCACUGGCCUCAGGAAGCUCCCUUCACCGCUGGAACAUCAUCUCGGAGUUCCAGUACCGCCCUGGGGGCCCUGUCAUCGACUUCCUGAAUACCCAGCUGCUAGAUGCAGUGGUGGAGGCGUUCUUGACUCCGUGGAGGAGGUGGAAGAGAAGUGCGGGGCCCAGGAACAACGUGACCUUCCACCCCAUCUCCAGGAGGGACGUGUACAGUAUGAUGGCUCCUGGAGAUAUUAAGUUGAAGGCUGGAGACCUGGCCCAGAGGCAGAGAUAUCCCCUCCCUGAAAGAGUCUGUGAGCCGUUCUCCAUCUACGCGCCCUGGGGCAAGCGCUGUGAGCACCUGAGUUUGAAACUCGGCGCCUUCUUCGGGAUCCUUUUCGGGACCCUGGGCGCCCUCCUGCUGCUGGGGGUCGUGCUGUCUGUGUUCCUGCGCUUCUGGGGCUGCUGCGGGAGCCGUUUCUCCUACCUGCUGGGCUCCGAAGCUGAGGCCUUGCCCCGAACGGGCUGCGGUGGCCUAUGA